GAGCUCCUGGCGGACCAGGACGGGGACGCCACUCCACGGUAACCCCGCGGACCACCCCAGAGCCCCAAAGAAUCCCACGAGACCCCCCGGAUCCCUGCGACCCCUGCCUGACCCCCCUGAAUCCCCCCUGGACUCCCCCUGAACCCCUCCAGACCCCCCCGGACCCACCAGGCAGGAGAGUGUCUGCCCCCACCGUGCCCUGGGUCCCCCCGUGGCCAGGACGGAGCCGGAGGAGAUGGAAGCACCGGAAUGCACCGGCUCAGCAUGGCUGGUGGUCCCCAAGGCGGAGGUGACCCCCGAGGACGACAGGGAUGAUCCAGGGGACCCAGAGCUCCACGACUCAGGGCAGUGGCUGGUGCGGAAGGUGAAGGUGGAGGAGGAGGACGAGGCCGAGGCCUGGGCAGCCGCAGCCGGAGCCGGGGCCCCGCUGGCUCCGCAGCCCCUGCCCGGCGCCUUCCCCCCGGACCCCGCGGGGACACCGGGGCUCGCCGGCGCCUGCAAAGCGGAGGAGCCGUGCCCGGAGGAGCUGGGAUACGGGGCGCUGCCGGGCUGGGGGCCGGAGCCGCGCCUGGACGGCCUCGGGAUCGCCUUCGGGAUCGGCGCGGGCGCGGGGACGAGCCCCGGCCCCGCCGGGUCUGGGCGCUGCCCGCAGCCCGGCCCGCGGCCCUUCUGCUGCCCGCAGUGCGGGAAGGCCUUUGGGAAGAAGGCGCACCUGACGCGGCACCUGCGGGUGCACACGGGCGAGCGGCCCUUCCCCUGCCCGCACUGCGGCCGCCGCUUCCGGCAGCGCAUCCACCUGCGCUCCCACCUGCGCACGCACACCGGCGAGCGGCCCUACCCCUGCCCGCGCUGCGCCCGCCGCUUCCGCAAGAAAACCCACCUGGACCGGCACCUGCGCACGCACACCGGCGAGCGCCCGCACCCCUGCCCGCGCUGCGCCCGCCGCUUCGCCCACCGCCAGCACCUCCUGCGGCACCUGCGCCUGCACGGGGACCCCGCGCCGGGGCACGGACGCCGCGACGGGCACGGGGACGGGCGCGGCCCUGCCGAGGAGAAGGCGCUGCCCUGCCCGGGCUGCGAGGUCAGCCUCACCUGGAAGGAGAACCCGGCGUCGCAGCUGGGGCUGCACACGGGACCGGUGCCGGGAGCUGGGAAUGGACACCUGGACGAGCAGCGGGACGGGGACGGGGAGGUCCCUGCCGAGGAGAAGCUGCUCAUUUGCUCCCAGUGCGGGACCAGCCGCACCUGGAAGCAGAACUCGUCGCCGCACCUGUGGCAGCACCUGGAGAACCAAGCCCUCGGCUGUGCCCAGGACCCCCAGCAGCCCCUGCAGCCCCCACAGGAGCCCGGAGCCCAGGACCACCAGCACCGGCCACAGGUGCCCAGUGCCAAAAGCGGCCAGGGCUGCGCCCAGGACCCCCAGGACCCCCCGCAGGUGCCCACGGCCGAGCGCCCCUUCGUGCAGGACCCCCAGCUCCUGUCACAGGUGCCCGGUGCCAACUGCAGCCACGGCCGCGCCCAGGACCCCCCGCCCCUCCUGCAGCCCCCGCAAGUGCCCAGUGCCCAGGACCACCAGCACCGGCCACAGGUGCCCGGUGCCAAAAGCGGCCAGGACUGCGCCCAGGACCCCCCGCAGGUGCCCCCUGCCCAGCGCCCCUUCACCUGCCCACAGUGCGGGCGCGGCUUCGGGCGCAAGGCGCACCUGGCGCGGCACCUGCUGGUGCACUCGGGCACCCGGCCCCACGCCUGCGCCCGCUGCGGCCGCCGCUUCAGCUCCAAGACCAACCUGGGCCGGCACCAGGCCGUGCACACGGGGCUGCGGCCCCACCACUGCGCCCGCUGCGGCCGGGGCUUCACCCGCAAAACCCACCUGGAGCGCCACGAGCGCACCCACGGCACCGGCCCCGGCCCCUUCCGCUGCGCCCAGUGCGGGAAGGGCUUCCGGCAGAAGCAGAGCCUGGUGACGCACGAGCGCAUCCACACCGGGGAGAAGCCGUUCCGCUGCGGGGACUGUGGCAAGAGCUUCAGCCAGCGGCCCAACCUGCUGACGCACCGGCGCGUGCACACGGGCGAGCGGCCCUUCCCCUGCGCCCAGUGCGGCAAGAGCUUCUCGCAGAAGGCCAACCUGCUGGCGCACCAGCGCAUCCACGGCGCCCACCCCGAGGAGGGCAAGGCGCGGGCGCGGGCGCCGGCGCGGGGCUGCCCCGAGGACGCGCCCUUCGUGUGCCCCGAGUGCGGGAAGAGCUUCCGGCAGAAGCCCAACCUCAUCACGCACCGGCGCAUCCACACGGGCGAGCGGCCCUUCUCCUGCUUCCUGUGCGGCCGCAGCUUCAACCAGAAAACCAACCUGGUGACGCACUACCGGGUGCACACAGGUGAGCGGCCCUUCGCCUGCGCCCAGUGCGGCAAGCGCUUCACCCAGAAAACCAACCUGGUCACACACCAGAGCACCCACACCGACCUGCGCCCCUUCCCCUGCGCCCAGUGCCACAAGUGCUUCAAGGACAAGGUGUCCCUCAAGGCCCACCAGAAGACGCACAUCCCCCGCCAGCGCCGCUGCCCCGCGCGCGGCCCGGCCCCCGCCGCGCCCUUCGGGGCCGCGCCCGCCCUGCUGCCCCCCGCGCCCGCCCCGCAGGACCCCGCCCCCUUUGCCCCACUCCCGCCCGCCCCGAAGCUCCCCGAGGGCGCCGAGCUGUUCCCGUGCCCCGAGAAGGGCUUCCCCCCCCCGCCCCCGGGCGAGCCCCCCUUCCCCUGCGCCCACUGCGGCGACGGCUUCUGCCCCAAGGUGCCCCUGCUGCGGCCCCCCGAGGCGCCCGCCGCGCCCUUUGCCCCCGGCCCCCCCCGUCCUGGGGCCCCUGGGGGCGCAGCCGGGGCCGGGGGAAGCCGUGCUCUCCCCGGAAAAGCCCUUCAUCUGCAAUCAGUGCGGGAACAGCUUCGGGCUCUGGCUCGCCCUCGUCGCCCACCAGAAGAGCCACGCGGGGCACAAGCCGUGCCCCGGCGCUCCCCCCGCGGAGCCGGGCGCCGAGCAGCCCCCCGGGUCCCCCCCGGCGCGGGCGGGCGAGGGCCGGCCCUGGCCGUGCCCCGAGUGCGGGCGGGGCCUGGCGCAGUGCGAGCGGCUGCCGCGGCACGGGCACGGCCCCGGCGGGCGCGGCCCCUUCCGCUGCGACACCUGCGGCAAGCGCUUCAGCCUCAAAACCAACCUGGCCACCCACCAGCGCAUCCACACAGGUGAGCGGCCCUUCACCUGCGGCGUCUGCGGCCGCCGCUUCAACCAGAAGGGCAACCUGGUGACGCACUACCGGGUGCACACGGGC